CUCCGUAAAAAGGAGCUACUGAGAAUAACUAGGGGAUUCAGUUAACUAGGAGUACUUAAGUGUUCUUCCCAAUUUCAAGAAAAGAAAGUGUUCUUCCCACUUUCGCUCUGCUCGGACGCGCGCCGCCAUGGACAGUUCCUUCCUGCUCUUCCCUCGCUUCCAAUCUCAUCGCGUUAAUCACAUUCCAAUUCCAUCGACACGAGAAAUCGGACUGCUCCAGAUCAUUUGGACUUCGAUCUCCCCAGCCUCCCCAUUUUUCCAGACACAGAGUUCCAGUUAUCUGGUUUCGAUGCGAAUUACCCAGCGCCAUCCCUUCCCCAGUUCUCCAGCCUCGUCAGAGUAGCCGAUGGAGAUAGAUCUGACCCGGGACGCCCGCGACGGCGACGCGGAGAGGGUCGCCGCCCCGCAGAGUAACCGUGCCGUCCGAGUGGAGGUCGUCGCCCAGGAGCGCAACGGCGCCGGUGGCAUGGUGGCCGCUGCCGAGGGAAGCGACGGCGCUGCCUUGGAGUCGGUCGGCGUUGGCGCCGAGGAGGGCGUCGCCCCGGAGAAGAACGGCGUCGGCUCCGGUGGCGAGAAGGAGGUCGCCUCGGAGGGGAGCGGCGCCGGCGCCGAGGUGGGCGCUGCCGUGGAGACGAACGGCGUCGCAGUUGACGUCUGGAUCUGCCACCAGUGCCGUCAGAGAAAAAUAGGGCCCACGGCAGCUUGCAGAGGGUCCAAGAAGAAUGGCAAGUGCGCUCUCAGAUAUUGCAAGAAUUGCAUACGUAACAGGUACCCUUUGAUUGCGGAUGAGGUGUUGAAGGAGGAAGCCUGGGAAUGCCCCAAGUGCAGGAAUGACUGCAACUGCAGCAAGUGCAAAAAGAGGAGAGGGGAGGAGCCAGCAGGGCCAAUGGUCCAUUCUGUCAAGAGACCGAAGGGCAACCUGCGGAGAAUUGAGAGCACCGAUGCUCUCAAGGAUGAAAUAGUCAUACCCAGAGGUACUCUUGUCAAGAGACCGAAGGGCAACCUGCGGAGAAUUGAGAGCACCGAUGCUCUCAAGGAUGAAAUAGUCAUACCCAGAGGUACUCUUGUGACUUGCGUUGCUGGUGUAGAGAUGCAGCCUGAAGAUGUUGGUGCCGCCAUUCAAUUUUUGGAGUUUUGUCGCUCAUUUGGCGAGCGCAAUAUGUCGUGCAAAUCAUUGCUGAGACUAGGAUGUCUUGAGGGCUUCACAAUAUUUGUGAUAGUGAUGCAUGUCUAUGCAAGUGCCCACUUGAUCUUCCAAAUAAGGAAGGGCCAAUCAGAAAAAAUUGUCAAAGACAUAACUGGAGAUCGUCAACUCCGAGAGGUGUCUUCAGUUGUUGCUGAGCUUCAUGCAAACCUGUUAUCUGUCAUAGAAAACGGCAAUUACAAGCCUUUGAAAUAUCCAAGACAUGGGGAUGCAUGGAUAAGAAAACUCAGGAAAUAUAUCACUGACUCGACAUUACACGCAAAAGAUUUCAUCCUUGAGUACUUAAGCCAUGGGCUAUCUGGAUAUAAAAAUUUGAGCCCUUCUCAUAAGCUGGAUGUGCUGAAUUCUCUGUGUGAUGAGGCAUUAUCAUCUGAAAAGUUGAAGACUAGGAUUGAAGCUAGAGAAUGUGUGGCCAGACAAAAGAUCCGUGCUGCAACCGAGAAGGAAAAGGAGCUAAAAGAAAGACAGAAUGACAUGGCUAAAACAAUGGGAGGAGAAAUCGCUGGCAAUGACGAAGCUAAUAAUAUCUUUUGUCAAAUAAAGGAGGCAAAAGAAGUCAAGCAGGCAGCCAUGAAUGAAUUAGAGGAACUGGGAUGUGUCCUUAGGUCCACGCCUGUCAUGGUAGACAAAGGAGUAGCAUACUGGAAGCUGGAUGGCUAUUGUAAUAACAAUACAAACAUAUUACGCCAAGAAUUUGACAACGAAGCUACAAUGAAGAACCAAGACAAGUGGUUCAUGUUCAGUGAAGAUGAACAGAAAGUAGUUGAAAAUCAUGUAACUACAAGUGUGCUGUCAAAAGACUUCUCUUGGCCGUACUGUUAGAGUACGGCUCUGAUACCAAAUUGGUAUGAACCGGAUCCCUACCAGGGCGUGGUCUCAGGUUGUAGGGGUGGAAGGAGGGAUGGCGUGGAGGAAGGCGUGGUUGCCGGCGCUGGGGCGCCGUCGUUGCGUGCACGCGCGCGAGAGAGAGAGCGCGGCGGCGGCUAGGGUUAGGUCUCCCGGCUCCCUAAGGAAGCCGAGCAGAUAUGAUUGCUUCUUGCUUGAUUAGAUUAAUACAUCUCCUCUCCUUAUAUAGAGAAGUUUACUUGACUCCCAAGCAAGCGACCCUCAUCUCUAAUUAACCCUAAGACUAACGGGCUAUACCGCCAGCCCAGGCCUAUUAGGCCAUUACAUACUCUAACAAGUACAUUCUCUUAUAUUCUUGUAAAGCAAUAGCCGCACUCACCAUCGUCAGUAUUUCUUCUGGAGAGCUGCUAGGGUAUGAUCUUUGUACGACAAGACUGGUCUGGUGUUGUAGGCCCAAACAUCAGGAAACGGGCCUCUGUCUGGUCGUAUGAAAAUCGUAUGAAAAAAGGUCGUACGCAAAGUAGUUUCGUUUCUUCUGCAUGUCACCUACCUACCUACCUACCACCCUCCUGCUAGUGUGAUCUGAUGUUUUCAUUACCCGCUGUUCAGGCCUUCAGGGACAUUUUGGGUUGGGGGUAUUCCACCAUCCCAUGUGGGAACUAACAGAUAAAGUAAUUUUGAUUGGUGGUAUGAUUAUUAUGUAGAAAGGUUACCGAUUUACUUUGAAAGGAUUCACCAAUAUGCUUAGGUGACAAAAUUUACUACCUGCGGUUUUGGGAUGCUUGAAUAAUGUAGUCUGGAGCUCCUAAACAGAUUGUCGAUACCUUACUUUCAUGGAUUUGUGGUCGUUGUUUCAUUUUGGAAAUCUAUAGCCUGAGGCUUUUAGUUCUUUACAUUUGGUCCCAAGAUAUAAAUAUCUUUGUAUAUGUUCUGUCAAGCCAUGCUCAGUUGCUCAUAUCUGUGUCUUUUUUUCUUUUCUAUAAACACUUCUUCAUUCAAGCAAGUUAUACUUUGAGCAUGAUUGGACUUCUGGCUGAUGAUGUGUUCAGUCUUUUCUUCACUGCAUAGAAUUGAUGUGUCAAUAUGCUCAAUUUCUUUUGGUGUUAACAAAUGUCUUAUUUAUUUUGCGCUGGAUAUUUUGUUUUCUCGUUUUCUAGUUCGAGAAGUAUUGCCAGCUCAGUAAGUUGGCCUUUUUUUUAUCGAUAUAGUAGUAAAACUGUUGGCUGACCCAGUAUCUUGUUGCAACUGUCUAAAAUAGGUCCCAGCGCCCAUGGAGAAAGGAUAACCGGGUGUAAUGAUUUACAGAUCCCAAUCUCCUGCUGUUUUAACUGCUUGAUGAUAUUCAUUUGUCCUUUCUAUGUGCCUUUCUUUUUAUGGCUUCUAGGAUACACCACAUUUCCUUUCAAGUGAAAUGGAAAUAAGUUAUUUUACAACCGCAUCGUCACUAUUUAUGUUCUAACAGCAAAGCAUAUAUAAACCACCAGUGUUGACUCUGCUGUGCUUAUCAACCUGAUGAGUGUUCACUUACAGUUACAGCUCAACUUCACCGGAAACAUACGUAAAAGAUAACAUCGGAGAUGUACAGAAGUUUGCACACGAAUCUCCAUUGCUUUUUCAAACCCCUUGCCAUGCUAUAGCAGGAAGAAGCUACUGCGUUGAACAGAAUAUCACCUGCGGUAGUAUUGCUGAUAUAGUCCCGAACAUAACUUUUAGCUAGUCUACAAAAGUAUUUAGGAUAAAACUAUAUUUUAUAUGCCACCGUAAAGCGAGUCAUCACAUGGAACUUCAUGGUUAAGUAUUUAUCCUAUUAGAGUUUUGUAAUGAUUGUUUCUCUUAAGUAUUAAGCUCAGAGUGGGAGCUGUGAAUUAUUUUCAUCUUCUUUUGAUGUUCUGUUUUGGCAGGUGAAUGGACUACCCCAGAUGACAGUUGCUACAGAACAACCAACAUUUCUCAAAGAUUGGGUCAUAGCAUUUGAAUACAAAUCUUGUGGCAUCUUUCUUCUCCCCUAUGGGAACACAGCAAGACUUUGUAGCACCUUCUGAUGUAUUUUUUGGGGAUGUUUUAAAAAUGAGAGAAAGCUAGAGCAUGCAGCUUUGCUGAAAUUUAUCGUUAGCAUUUGAAUGUCGUGCAGCCAAAUUUUCCUGCUGUAUCGUACUCCCUCUGUAAAGAAAUAUAAGUGUUUAGAUCACCAGGUGCUCUUGUAUUUCUUUACGGAGGGAGUAUUAUUGAUCAUUCUAUAGCAGAAAAGGAUUAUUUCCAGUCUCGAACAUGAAAGAGCUUUGAUUGAUUGAUUUAUUUA